UAAUCGUCUUACAACAUGUUUUACUACCCAAAUGUUCUCCAACGUCAUUCUGGAUGUUUUUCCACAAUUUGGCUAGCAGCCACAGGAGGUAUCCGAGUCUCUCGCAGGGAGUUCCUCAGGGUCAACGUGAAGCGGACAUGCAACGACAUCUUGGACUAUGUGAUGGGACAAGUUCCUGCUCUGCAGCCCAACCAGUCCAGGCCUCGCUUCUCCCUCUACCUGUCGUCUCAGUUGCAGUACGGUGUGGUCAUCAUCUACCACAAGCAGUGCGCCUUCUUGCUCGAGGAGAUCCAGCAAACUAUCGACCGCUGGCUCCGCUCUAAAAGACACGUCCAGAUGGACCUGGCUGAAUCCGACAGGAUGGCUCUGGAUCUUCCCGACGGCCUCAACAUGAUGGAGGAGGCCGAGGGAGCUCUGGACCCCUUCUUUGGCGUGAUGGCAUCCCACCAGCUGCCCAGCCCCUACAAAAUAGUCCCGACAGAGUUUGCGAUUGAGGAUUUGGUUUCGCAGCACUCUGUGGUGUCCAACCCCACCAACGAACCAAACAAUAAAGCAGGUUUCAUUUUGCCUCCGGCUGCCAUCACACUAACAGAGAAGGAGCAGUUUGUCAUCAACACUGCUGAGGAUUUUAACGGAGCUGAGCUUCCUGAAGCCACAGCCAGAGACAUUCAGUUGCUAAUGGAUCAGCCUGAUCACUUCAGGAGAGAAGAUGAGGAGACUAACGAGAGGACCGGGGACCGAGUCGUCUCAUCCUUUGGCGUCCAGCUGAAGGACACGAUGCUCGGGACAGAGCAGGACGUCAUGUGGCUGCUGGACGAGGAGACCGGGGAGGCUUUGGAGGUUCCUCUGGCAGCCGUGGCCCCUGAAAUGACCCCUGAGCACGUAGCGAUGCCACCGGAGAACGUAGGGGACAGAGCUACAGAGAGCCUCUGUGACGAGGCGGUGGACCGUCCUCUGAGGACGCUCGGCGGGAGACGCAGGCGCCAGCUGGUCUUUGUGGACCCUGAGGUCCAGAUCCCUGACAAAGAAAUACAGCAGCAGAUUGAAGAUCCACUGAUCGAAACUCUAAAUAUGACGGAGGUGUUGCUGGACGUCCCUGCGCUGACCAAGAGGGCCUCUCCUGCUCAGCUCUUCAGCGCCCCCUGUGGAUCUCUCGUCCACCCCAACCUCCUGUCGCUAUGGAAACAGCGGGCCUCCAUCGCCGUCCAGAGCGGGGCGACGCAGAGAGCGGAAGAGGAGUCAGAGCAGGACAUGGAGAUCUUGCGGACGGAGAGGAAGCGGAGGCACUCGCGCGUGAAGGAGAUGAGCAGCCAAUCAGGACUUCAAACCACUGAGGGCUCAUCUGUGUUAGAUGCGAUGCUGGAGAUGCCCGACGAAGAUAAGUUUGGAAGUGAUGUGAUGACUCCUGUCAGCAGAUGGUCUCCACAUGAGGACAUCCAGCCGCCAAUGGAGCCAAUAGCCGAGGAAAACAUGGAGAUGCCCGAGGCUCAGACCGACACACACUACAUGCUGAGCUGCAUCGCCUCCAUCCAGCAGAAAUUUGGUGAAGUCGCCUUUGACUCUUUGCUGCCCCCGAAGGCUGACCGCUGUACCGCAGCUCGCACUCUGAACAAACUGCUGGAGCUGCUGUCAGGUGGACAGGUGACGGCCUGCCAGACUGAGCCCUACAGUAGCAUCGCCAUAGCGCCAGCAGCACUCGGGACGCCAAUCUGAACACACCUCAGUUCUCACUGAUGAGUUUAUAGCGGAAUGAAUUAAUUCUUCUAUAAAUUCCAUUUUUUUAAUGUAAUUGAUAAGCAAUCAUUUGUUUCAGCAGUUUGCAGUUUUU